GCCAAACGAGACCGGUGACAGCAGCCGGCAGCCGGCCUCGCAGUUUACGUAGUGUGAUUAUAUUCUCUUUGUACGUAGUACCUAUAUGACAUUCUCUUUGCUCGCAGUUGUUAUUGUUUACGAAUUGCGAACGACGUGUACCGUAUGUUUGGUCUCGAUACUCUUCAAGAAAUUGGUCAGAACCAGAAAACAAAAGGAAUUGUGUACGAGUUGUAGGUACAGGUACUGUGGCAGCUAGCGCCUGGCGGCCGUAUAAUCUCGCUAACGAUUUCAAGGCUGCGAUCCGGGCAGACGGGACGGCGGACUCCUCUCACGUUUUAGUCACGAGUCGAGCGGCGAGCGCGAGCGGCGAGCGGCAGACAUGCGGCUGAUGAUCCUGGAGGACGCGUCGGUGGUGGCGGACUGGGCCGCACGGUUCGUGCUGCAGCGCAUCACGCAGUUCGCGCCCGGCCCCGGCCGCCGCUUCGUGCUGGGGCUGCCGACGGGCGGCACGCCGCUCGGCAUGUACCGCCGCCUCAUCGACUUCCACCGGGAGGGCCGCCUCUCCUUCAAAUACGUCACCACCUUCAACAUGGACGAGUACGUCGGUCUGCCGCGCGACCACCCGGAGUCGUACCACUACUACAUGUGGAACGAGUUCUUCAAGCACGUGGACAUCGAUCCGGCGCACGCGCACGUGCUGAACGGCAACGCGCCCGACCUGGUGGCGGAGUGCGCGCGCUUCGAGCGGCUCAUCGCGGAGGCGGGCGGCGUGCACCUGUUCAUCGGUGGCAUCGGGCCCGACGGCCACAUCGCCUUCAACGAGCCCGGCUCCUCGCUCGUGUCGCGCACGCGCGUCAAGACGCUCGCCUACGACACGCUCGAGGCCAACAAGCGCUUCUUCGGCAACGACAUCUCCAAGGUGCCGCGCCAAGCGCUCACCGUCGGCGUCGGCACCGUCAUGGACGCCAAAGAGGUGAUGAUCCUCAUCACGGGCGCGCACAAGGCGCUGGCGCUGUCGCGCGCGGUGGAGGAGGGCGUCAACCACAUGUGGACGGUGUCGGCCUUCCAGCAGCACCCGCAGGCGCUCUUCGUCGUCGACGAGGACGCCACGCUCGAGCUACGCGUCAAGACCGUCAAGUACUUCAAGGCGCUGAGCGACGAGCACGAGAAGUUGAUCGCGGCGGUGCCGGUCGCGCAGCAGGCCGUCAUACACUAGCGCCGCGCCCCCCGCCCCGCCCCGCCCCGCCCAGCGCGCUACACCACAGUGCACACGACACACGCAGCGGAGUCUGAUGACUGAGCACAACAAACUCAUCGCCGACACGUGACGGGCGCCCGCG